ACACAGCAUCCUGAACUCCUGGAUCUACCGCCUCCUGUUUCCCAAGACCAUGAAACUCCUGCUGCUGGCUCUUCCCAUGCUUGUGCUCCUACCCCAAGUGAUCCCAGCCUAUAGCGGUGAAAAAAAAUGCUGGAACAGAUCAGGGCACUGCAGGAAACAAUGCAAAGAUGGAGAAGCAGUGAAAGAUACAUGCAAAAAUCUUCGAGCUUGCUGCGUUCCAUCCAAUGAAGACCACAGGCAAGUUCCUACAACAUCUCCCACACCCUUGAGUGACUCAACACCAGGAAGUAUUGAUGAUAUUUUAACAGUAAGGUUCACUACAGACUACUUUGAAGUAAGCAGCAAGAAAGACAUGGUUGAAGAGUCUGAGGCGGGAUGGGGAACUCAGACCUCUCUUCCAGAUGUUCACCACAGCUCAUGACUUCCUCUUGGCUGUCACUCACCCCUGUCCUCAGAGUGAUAAACUAAGUCACAUACAGAUAAAGCACUGAAAACACCACAGUGACCCUCCCACCCCCCGCCAAUAUGUAAUUCUAUUAAUAGAAACAGCUGUGUAAAGAAGUCUAAAAUUUUCACUGUUUCCAAUGAUAAACUCUUCAGUGCUCUUCUUGAAAUUGUCAAAUUAUUUCCACAACAAGUUUUAACCCAUUUUUAGUAUUUCUUGUUUGCUAGUGACCUAUGCACUACCUCAAUAGCUUAGUUAGCUAUUCCAACAACAAUUUUUUCAUGUAUCUUUCUGUCUUCUCAACAGGUGUCUUAAUGGCAGCAUAAGUGGUCAUGAUCAAAAUUCUAAAAUCUUUGCAUCUGUGAGAGUAGCUACUGCGACACUAAAAGCUUUUUUUCUAGAACAGGAGACACUUCAGGUGAAAGCAUUCAUUUUCCUACUAACUAUGGCCUUGGAGCCAGGUUUUAUCUCUCACUGUAGGAAAUUGUCUGUCCCAGGUGUGAGCUAUGAAGACUCCUUUGUGCCCCAAUGGCUUUGGGGUUGAAACAGAUUCUGUCAAAAAGCUUUUAUGGCUCUAUAGACCCAUCUCUUUGACCAAGCCUUGAUCACACAUGGACAUCCAAGGGUAAGGAUGGCCCCUCAAUUGUGGGUGAAAGGAUGGGUCAUUUGUCCACCUGAUUACUGAGAGCUUUACUUGUCUCCCUCUGAUAGCAAAAAAAAAAAAA